AUGAUGGACAAUAGAAGCUACUCCAAUCUGCCAGACCAACUGCCCGUCUUCUCCGAUUCGGCCCACCUGCCGCUGGCCCGGUCCUUCUAUCUGGACCCGAUGGUCACUUUCCACCUGUACCCUGAGACCCCAGGGCCAGCCCCUUACCCCGAAGAGCAGCCGCUGCUGCCCUGUUCCAGCAACUCCGUGACAUUCGAGAACUAUGCUGAAGCCUGCCCCUUCUCUUUCCCAGUGCCUUACCCAAACUACAGAAGGUGUGAGUACGCCUACGGGCCGGCCUUCAUCCGGAAGAGGAACGAACGCGAGAGGCAGCGGGUGAAAUGUGUCAACGAGGGCUAUGCCCAGCUCCGCCAUCACCUGCCCGAGGAGUAUCUGGACAAGCGGCUCAGCAAAGUGGAAACGCUCAGGGCUGCCAUCAAGUACAUCACGCACCUGCAGUCCCUUCUGUGCCCUGAGAGGGCGGAGGCCACCAAGAAUCCGGGGACCGGGCUUCCCCUCCUGGCGACCACCAGCCACCACACUGACCCCAUAUUUAGAAUCGUCUGA